AUGUCUUCCAAGCUCCCAUCCUCCUUCGAUGGGCUUAGUCCCGACGACCAGGAAUUAAAUGUCGUCCAGCGAAUCAAAGCCAAAUGCUUGGAACAGCCAGGGGUUCCUUUGGGAUCACUUGCAACCGCAGGAGCGGUUGUAUUGGCAGCCAGAUCGAUGAAGAGAGGCGAAAAGAUCAAGACCCAGGUAUACUUCCGGUACAGAAUCGUGUUCCAAGGGAUCACGUUGAUUGCAUUGGUUACAGGAGGGCUCUUGUACCAGAAGGAAAGUCAAGAGCAAAAGAUCGAGAGAGAAGAGGCGCUCAGAGAGAAGGCCAAACAGAGAGAGAAGUUGUGGAUCGAGGAAUUGGAAAGAAGAGACGCUAUAAUCAAGGAGCGGAAGAGAAGAUUGGAGGAGUCCAAGGCCGAAUUGAGGCAGGUGGCCAAGGAAGGCUUCGAGCAAGAGAGGGACCAGGACAGAGCCCUCGAGGAGAAAAUCCGGUUGAAGGAGCAGAACAACAACGAAAAGUAA